AACCAUACCUGGUUUCCAUGGGACGAUUAUUUCGUUCUACCACGUCUACCGACGACGACAGCCCACGGCUACCCACAGCUACUCAAAAGUUUCAUAAGCUACUUCCGGGUCGGCUCUUGGACUUCAAGAAUGAAGAUCGAGGAAAAAUUCUUCUACGAGAAUUUGCAUUGAAUGGUCAGUGGACGUAUGCCAAAAAACUGAUAGACGAGGCCGGGCAGGAAAAGAACUUGGUUCGCGCUAAGUUAACAGCAAACGGAGACACCAUUCUUCAUGUUGCUGUGAAAGCCCAGCACACAAGUUUCGUGAAGCAUCUGCUCCACAAAAUGAAGCCGGAUGACUUGAUCAUACGCAACAAAGAUGGAUACACUGCCUUCUGCUUUGCCGCUGCAUCAGGAGUCACAGAAAUUGCUAGGCUCAUGGUGGCCAUGGACAAAGAUCUUCCAUCCAAGUGUGGCUCCUCAGACCAAAAAACUCCCCUCCUCAUAGCAGUAUUGUUCAAGCGUAGAGACAUGGCUCACUACCUCUUGUCCAAAACUAUUUUCCACGAGCUACCAGUAGAAGAACAGGUUCACAUUUUCAACGCCACCUUAAACAGCGAAUUAUAUGAUAUAAGUUUGGAAAUUCUUGAAUCGGACGUAAAUUAUUUAGCGACUAGGAAAUGCAAGAAGAAGAAUGGUGACCAUAGCGGAGAUGAUGGCGAGACUCCAUUCGAGGUGAUGGCCAGAAAACCAAUAGGCAGGGAUAGCUGGAUGCCCGCAACCAGUUGGAAAGUGCGCAUAGUUAAAGCUAUAAAGGGGUUGUACAAAAAAGAUAUGACGCAGGAAGCAGCUACUAGAUUACUGCAAUCGUUGUUUGAAUAUGCUUCGUAUUUUUCAACAUACGAGGAUGUUGUAAAGUUGAUUAGCAAACCGAAUUUAUUGCAUGUGGCUGCAAAGGCAGGAAAUGCUGAGUUUCUGGUUCAGGUGUUUCGGUUUUUCCCAGAGAUUUUAUGGGAAAAAGAUGUUGAUGCUACGACCAUACUUCAUAUAGCUAUUGAGAAUCGACUUGAAGUUGUGUGGAAGCUGUUAUAUGACGUGGGUUGGCUCAAUGACUUCCUAGUAAAAAACACUUCUGAGAAUAAUAACGACAUAAUGUAUUUGGUUGCCAAACUAGCUGCUCCUCAUCAUCUCAACAAGGUCUCCGGAGCAGCUCUUCAAAUGCAACGUGAAUUGAUUUGGUUCAAUGAAAUUGAGAAGGUAGUUCCAGUUUCCCAACUCGAGGCCAAAUGCAAAGACACGAAAAAGGAAGAACACAAAGAGCUACUAGUCGAGGUCAAAUGCGAAGACAGCAAAAAGUCAACACCAUGCACGGAAGAACACGAAGAUCUACUACGGCUCGACGACAACAAAAAGUUAAUGAUAACGUCACAUCAAAUAUCCUCUGAAGAGCAAAAAAGCAAGUUAACACCACGCCAAUUAUUCACGAAAGAACACAAGGAUCUACUGACAGAGGGCGAGAAAUGGAUGCAAAACACAGCAAACUCUUGUAUGGUUGUUUCAACUCUCAUCGCUACCGUAGUUUUCGCUGCAGCCUUCACGAUUCCCGGCAAUUAUGAUAAGACAGGCACUCCUAUUUUUCAACCAAACAUCUGGUUCACCGUGUUCAUCUUAUCCGAUGCGACCGCUUUGAUCUCAUCCUCAACUUCUAUUUUGAUUUUCUUGUCUAUCCUAACUUCACGCUACACAGAAGAAGAUUUCUUGCACUCUUUGCCAGCUAAAUUAAUUUUGGGACUCAGCUCGCUGUUCAUCUCCAUUGUGUGCAUGUUCGUCACCUUUAGUGCAACCUUCUUUCUUCUCUACAAUAAGGCUACUAUUUCAAUUCCCAUGAUGAUUGGUGCGAUGAUGAUGGUUCCAAUUCCUUGCUUUGGUGCACUUCAAUUUAAGCUGUGGAUCGACAUUUUUCAAAAUACUUACUUGUGAGAAUGUUAUCGUAAUUUCAUGCCAGAAUAAUUUUUUAGUACGUGAAAGUCUGGGGAUAGGUUUUCUCAAUUUCAA